UCUCCUUCUAACGCAGGUAAGGAUGCCUGUCGAGAGAAUGCGGAUGCGCCCAUGGCUGGAAGAGCAAAUAAAUUCCAACACAAUACCAGGGCUGAAAUGGCUAAAUAAGGAAAAGAAGAUUUUUCAGAUUCCCUGGAUGCAUGCUGCAAGACAUGGGUGGGAUGUUGAAAAAGAUGCUCCUUUAUUUAGAAACUGGGCAAUUCACACAGGAAAAUACCAGUCAGGAGUAGAUAAACCUGAUCCAAAAACAUGGAAGGCAAACUUCCGAUGUGCUAUGAACUCUUUGCCUGAUAUAGAAGAAGUGAAGGACAAAAGUAUAAAGAAAGGAAACAAUGCCUUCAGGGUGUACCGGAUGCUGCCGCUGUCUGAGAGACCGUCCAAAAAAGGUAGGCGAGAGACCCUGUUAAUGUCCAAAUGGUGUUGGGUAGAUUGUUAUGACUUUGUCAGUGAAAACUACUGA